AUGGAAAUCUCUUCUAUAGAGCUACAAAGUGCGAUGGAAACCGCCUUCAGAAUCUACCAUUAUUCUGUCGCCUCGGUUGGAUGUUUUCUGAAUGCGUUCCUGAUAUAUCUACUGGCUAGAAAAUCGCCAAAGACUAUGAAAACCUACUCGAUUCUUAUCAUGAACUUUGCCGUGACGGAUCUGAUUAUUUGCAUCUGCGACGGAUUUGUUCAACAGAGGUGAGGCUUUCGAGGAAAAUUCCAAGCUGUUUAUGAGAAUGUCUCAAGCUUUUGAAGGCUAGAAACACGGAGAAAUGCUAAAAUGACGAGAAAACAAAAAAAAUUUUCGUAUUUUUCCCAGCUCGAUUCAAAACUGUUUGAUUUGAUUUUAAAAAAAUUACUCUGAAAAUUCGAGACAGUUCCUUUUCGAAAAAAAAAACUUUUUUCAGACUUAUCCCAACGGGUACCGCCUUGGCCUUCAUUUCCAGUGGACCUUGUACCUAUCUUGGUCCAUCAGCUUGUUUCACAGCGUGA